AUGAAGUUUGCUUGGCAAAUCGCUGAUGGAAUGUCCUAUUUGUCAUCGAUACCAGUGAGUGAUGUAGUUAUUCUUUGAGUAACAUCCUUACAGAAUAAGGCCUCAUUUUUCACUCAAUAUACCUCACUUUCUAUUGAAUUGUGGACUUAUUGCCUAGGAUGUCAUCCUAUGUCACUGAGUCACCCUCAAGUCUCUCGUUUCGUUAAAGGUUGUUUUCCAAAAGAAACAUUUUCUCUAUGUCUAAGGUUAUUCAUAGAGAUCUUGCAGCUCGUAAUGUGUUGGUUGGAGAAGGGGAAAUGUGCAAAGUGACGGACUUUGGAAUGGCCAGAAAUGUGCAAGAGGAAAACAUUUACGAAAAAAAAAACAACGGUAUGAAUGAUUUUAAGAAAAGACGGUGUUCUCGUAAGCCUUGGAUUGUGUGGCUGAAGAUGCGUCAUUGGAUUAACUGCUCAAAGAAAACAAGCUCAGUAAAUCCUGCUCAGUUUUCAGGAACUUUCGUUAUAGUUUUCUUGCCAUUUGAAGCAUUAGUACUUCUUAAGGAUUACGCCAACUCCUUGUAUUUUUGCAUCUUAUUCAGGGGUGUCAGCCCGUAAAAUGGACUGCCAUUGAGGCUUUGCUUUACGGAAAAUAUUCUACCAGGAGUGAUGUGCGAGUAUAAAUAAGACAAGAACACUGGAGUUAGGCUUGAUGGGAAUGGUUUUGUAUGAACUGUUUUUAGGUGUGCCAAAAGUUAUUUCUGAUUUUUCUGGCGUGAGGUCCUCACAGCGAGGAGUGGUUAUCCUCAUUUUUUAUGGGUAGUGACUGUGUCCCUCCCUACCCCAUCUCCCCUUCCCUUUACCACCGAAGAUGUUUUAAUUACAUUUUUUGCUGGGAAGAAAUUCCACUUCCACAAAUUUAUUUUGUUGGAUUUACAGGUGGAGCUACGGAGUUCUCCUCUAUGAGAUUUUCACGAUUGGUAAGUUACUAGGCACAUGACCAGUCCAGUAACCUUAAGCCUCAGAAAUUGUGGGGACAGGAGGUAAUGAAGUAAGCAGGGUGUACCAGCCUCUGUAGAAUUGUCUUUUGUUCAUACCAAGCCGGUUUAGAUUGACACAGUCGCCGGACUUAUCCGGAAAAAAAAUUAAUAAUCGAAAUACAUCUGUGGAGCCUUUUAUUUUAGAGUAUGUUCACAUUACCUGCUCAAUUCAGGUAAAAAAGCUUGCAAACUUACCUCAAGAAGGAUACAGAAUGCCUAAACCGCAACGUGUGGAUGAUAAGUUGUAUGUUUAUGUCGUGUUCUUGUUGUUUUCCUGGUGGCUUUUAUCGUACAGUUGUAUUUGUCCUGCUCUUUAUUCGAGUUGAAUGUGGGCCUUAAGAUUUAACCAUCCUUACUUGUUGAACCGGCCUAACGAAGGGAAAUGAACGAAAAAGUACAUCAUCACAAGCUCAUCUCUGUUGUGUAAAUCUUUUGUCCGUUACUGAUAAAAAGAUGGAAUUUUUAAACGAAAGAACUGGGUCAUUAUGGAUAGGUCGAACUGUUUCUAAUUAGAUUUUUUUUGACGUCCUUUUCGGGUAUGGCAUAAUGACAAAGUGUUGGAAAGACGACCCUAACUUCAGACCAUCUUUUAAAAAUUUGAGGAACGAACCCGAAGAACUUUGA